GCGUCGCUCUCCUUCUCUCUCCUCCCCUGCCUUAUUAGAUCUCGCCGCGGCGUCCAUUCAAGAACUCCACAGGACCACCUCCAACUCCAAGCCGCCGCAGCAGCCAGCGGCACCACCACUCCACCCGCCGGGACCACCUCCAACUCCAAGCCGCCGCAGCAGCCACCGCGCCCGCUGUGUGCUCUGCUGCGACGGCGGCGCCAAUGGCCGACCGCGUCUACCCGGCCGCCAAGCCCAACCCGCCCCCGGCGGCGGCGGCCGCGGCCGCCAACGGCAGCGGCGCCCCGCCGGCGUCGUUCCCGGCGCCCAAGUCGCAGAUGUACCAGCGGCCCAUCUACCGGCCGCAGGCCCCCGCGAAGCGCCGGCGCGCGCGGUCCUGCCGGUGCAGCUUCUGCUGCUGCUUCUGCUGGGCGCUGCUGGCGGUGAUCCUCCUGGCGCUCGUUGCCGCCGUGGCCGGCGGCGCCUUCUACCUCCUGUACCGGCCGCAGCGCCCGUCCUUCACCGUCUCCUCCGUGCGGCUGGCGUCGCUGAACCUCACCUCCUCCGCCACCGCGCCGGCCCUCACCGACGCCAUCACGCUGACCGUCACCGCCCGCAACCCCAACAAGAAGAUCGCCUACGUCUACGGCGACUUCACCCUGUCGGCGGCCACCUCCGCCAACGCGCUCCCGCUGGGCAGCGCGACGGUGCCCGGGUUCGCGCACGCGGCCGGCAACACCACCGUGCUGACCGCCACCAUCGCCUCCGCCGCGGCGACGGUGGACCCCGCCGCGAGCGCCGACGUGAAGAAGCCCGGCGGGUUCAGCGUGGUCCUGGACGCGGACACGAGCGCGGGCGCCCGCGUGGGCGGCCUGAGGACCAAGAGGAUCGGCAUCCAGGUGCACUGCGAGGGCAUCAAGGUGACCCCGCCGCGCCCGCCCCCGCCCCCGCCGGCGCCCAGGAAGGCCAAGGGCGGGAAGAACGGCACCGUCGCGCUCUCGCCGGCGCCGGCCCCGUCCGACGCCGACGCGACGACGACGGCGACGGCCGCGACGGUGAGCACGGCGGCGCACCCGUGCAAGGUCAGGGUGCGCGUCAAGAUCUGGAAGUGGACCUUCUAGGUGCGGAAGCGCGUUACGAUUUUAGGGCUGGGCUGGAGGCUGGAGCGCGAAAGAUUUUCCAGUAAAGUUUUUUUUCGCUUUGAGAUAUACUACGCACUACUAUAAUUUAUUUACUACUCCUACAUGAUUAUUAUAUUGGAGCAGACGAGUAGGAAGCCACUACCCAUCCAUGCGUGCGUCGCGUCGGUGUAAAUCCCCCCAGGCAUCUCUUUUUUUUUCCCUUUUUUUCUCUUCUCCCUCCUGAUCGAAACAAAUUUUUUUUUGUGUCAUUGAGUAGUAGUGGGUGUAUAAUUGGCGACAUCUGAUAUUGUACACUGUAUAAUUCGAAUGGAUUUAUUAUUUUAUUUUAAGCUUGCAA